CUCUCUCUACGCUCCCUUCUUGUCUCUCUUCCUCCUACUCUCUCGCUACCCUGCCCAAACCCUACUCUCUCUCUCUCUCUCUCUCUACAAAACUCUGUAGCUAACCAUGAAGCACUUUAUGCUACCAAGAAACCCGAUCUUGAGAGAAGCAGCAGCGCAUAAUGAGCAGUCCCCAAUCCCUAGUUCUCACAAGACGAAACCCUCGCCGUCGCCAUCGCGGAGGACCAAAUCGUCUAAAGAGAACGCUCCGCCUCCAGAUCCGAACUCUAUUACUUCCGAUCUAAAGCCUUUUCCGUCCCCUGCCUCCGCUAAGUUGAAGAGUCCCUUGCCUCCUCGGCCUCCGUCUUCAAAUCCUCUCAAGCGCAAGCUCAGCAUGGAGACCUCGCCGGAGAACUCGCUCUCCGAUUCUGGCGUCAAGGUAAUAGUGCGAAUGCGGCCAUUGAAAAAAGAUGACGAGGAGGAAGGAGAGACGAUAGUUCAGAAAAUGUCUAAUAAUUCGUUGGCAAUCAAUGGACAGACCUUCACUUUUGACUCAGUUUCAGAUACAGGGGCCACUCAGCUAGACAUGUUCCAUCUUGUAGGAGCCCCUCUUGUGGAGAAUUGUCUUGCUGGGUUUAACAGUUCUGUAUUUGCCUAUGGACAGACAGGGAGUGGAAAGACAUUCACAAUGUGGGGCCCAGCCAAUGCUUUAUCAAGUGAAAAUUUAUCAGGCGAUCAACAAGGUUUGACCCCCCGAGUCUUUCAGCGACUUUUUGAUCGUAUAAAUGAGGAGCAAAUUAAACAUGCUGACAAACAACUUAAGUAUCAGUGUCGCUGCUCGUUUCUCGAGAUCUAUAAUGAACAAAUAACAGACUUGCUGGAUCCAGGUCAAAGAAACCUUCAGAUAAGAGAAGACAUGCAAAUUGGUGUUUAUGUUGAAAAUCUCAGAGAGGAGUAUGUAUUUACAAUGAAAGAUGUGACUCAACUCCUGAUAAAGGGACUAUCCAACAGGAGGACCGGCGCAACCAGCAUAAAUGCAGAGAGUUCCCGUUCACAUAGUGUUUUCACCUGUGUUGUUGAAUCUCGUUGCAAGAGCAUGGCAGAUGGAAUGAGCAGCUUGAAAACAAGCAGAAUAAAUCUUGUUGAUCUAGCUGGAUCAGAGAGACAGAAGUUAACUGGCACUGCAGGGGAACGGUUGAGGGAAGCAGGGAAUAUUAACCGAUCUCUGUCACAGCUCGGGAACUUGAUAAACAUUCUUGCUGAGAUUUCUCAAACAGGAAAGCAAAGGCAUAUACCUUACCGAGACUCCAGGUUGACCUUUUUAUUACAGGAAUCACUUGGUGGCAAUGCCAAACUAGCAAUGGUGUGUGCUAUUUCUCCAGCACAAAGUUGUAAGAGUGAAACUUUCAGUACAUUGCGAUUUGCACAGCGUGCUAAGGCAAUCAAGAAUAAGGCCAUUGUUAAUGAAGAGGUGGAGGAUGAUGUGAAUCACUUGCGUGAAGUAAUACGGCAGCUAAGGGAUGAAUUGCACCGAGUGAAAGCAAAUAGCAACAAUCCAACAGGUUGGGAUCCCCGUAAAAGUUUGAAUAUAUUGAAAAGCCUUAUCCAUCCACUUCCUCGAUUACCUCAAGUAGAUGAAGAUGGUGAUGAGAUGAUGGAAAUUGAUGAGGAAGCUGUUGAAAAACUCUGCAUUCAAGUAGGCCUGGGACCAGCAGGCUCUGCAGAUGAGAAUUAUGUUGAUGAAGGUAGAUCUAUCAUCGAACAAGGGACUGAGGAUACAGAUGUUGACAUGGAAGAAGCAAUAUCUGUACAAGCUGAGAAUCAUGAAAUUCUGAUUUCGAGUUGUGCUAAACCUGCUAGAAACACUUCAGAAUCCUGUGAGGAGCCAGUUGAGGAGAAAAGGUUUCUUAGUUCCUCUGCGAGUAAAUUGAUAACAGAAGAAUCACCAAAUGAAAUGGUGGUGUUUGGGCCCUCAUGCACUAAUUCUGGUUCUGAAAAUGGAAAUUCCGCUGGCAUUUCUGCCACAGGUGAACCCAAUGGUUCUCAAAAUGAGACAGUGAAUUGCGUGUCUCCUUCUAGCCUCAGUAUAGUUCCUUCUGAAGUUUCUCCUGUUCUUAAAUCUCCAACUCCAAGUGUUUCGCCUAGAAUCAGCAGCAGCAGGAAAAGUUUGCGGACUUCAUCAACGUUAACUGCUUCCCAGAAAGAUUCCAAAGAUGAAAGCAAGCCAGGACCAGAGAACAUAUGUAUUUCUUUUGCAAAAUCCAACUCUUCUGCUGCUCUAACUGCUCAAACCAGUAAGAGUUGUCUUGCACCAACUGAACAUUUAGCGGCGAGCCUUCACCGUGGCAUGGAAAUUAUUGAUAGUCAUCGCAAGAGUUCUGUAUUUAGGCAAUUGUCAUUCAGGUUUGCCUGUAAACCUGCAGAAUCUAACCUGCUUCCGCUUGUUGAUGUGGGUGUGCAAACUUUUCCUCAAGAUGAUGAGAUAUCAGAAAGAGUAUUCUUGUGUGCGAAUUGCAAGACCAAAACGCAGCUAGAGGUGAAAGAUGUCGAUGACAGCUCAAACCUACAGCUAGUACCCAUUGUUGGCUCGGAGUCUAUUGACAAACCCAAAAUGCAAGUUCCUAAAGCAGUGGAGAAGGUUUUGGCAGGAGCAAUCAGGAGAGAAAUGGCCCUGGAAGAGUUUUGUGCCAAGCAAGCUUAUGAGAUAACACAGCUCAACCGUCUGGUUCAACAAUACAAGCAUGAGAGGGAAUGCAAUUCCAUAAUAGGGCAGACAAGGGAAGAUAAAAUUCUUCGGCUUGAGAGCCUCAUGGAUGGUGUUUUAUCUACUAAGGAUUUCAUGGAGGAAGAGUUUGCAGCACUCAUGCACGAGCACAAGCUUUUGAAGGAGAAAUAUGAGAAUCAUCCCGAAGUUUCAAAGAUGAAUAUUGAGCUGAAAAGAGUACAGGAUGAGCUAGAACAGUAUCGAAACUUCUGUAAUUUGGGUGAAAGGGAAGUCUUGUUGGAAGAGAUUCAAGAUUUAAGAAGCCAGUUACAGUACUAUACUGACUCUUCAUCCCCAUCUGCUCUAAAAAGGAAUUCACUGCUGAAAUUGACCUACUCGUGUGAGCCCAGUUUGGCUCCCCUUCUUAACACAAUCCAGGAAUCUUCUGAGGAGAGUCCGGAGGAGAAGCUUGAAAUGGAGAGAACACGCUGGAUGGAUGCUGAGAGCAAGUGGAUUUCUCUUGCUGAAGAAUUGAGAGCUGAACUUGAUGCUAGCAGGGCGUUAGCUGAAAAAUUGAAGCAGGAAUUGGGUACAGAGAAGAGAUGUGCUGAAGAGCUGAAGGAAGCAAUGCAAAUGGCCAUGGAGGGACAUGCACGCAUGCUUGAACAGUAUGCGGAUCUUGAGGAAAAGCAUAUUCAAUUACUUGCAAGGCACAGGCAGAUUCAAGAAGGAAUAAAUGAUGUCAAGAAAGCAGCUUCUAAAGCUGGAGUUAGGGGUGCUGAAUCCAAGUUCAUAAAUGCACUUGCUGCUGAAAUUUCUGCAUUGAAAGCUGAAAGAGAAAAGGAGAGGCGAUACUUUAGAGAUGAAAGCAGGGGACUUCAGGCUCAACUGAGGGACACUGCUGAAGCUGUACAAGCAGCGGGUGAAUUGCUUGCGAGGUUGAAAGAAGCAGAAGAAGCUGCUGUUGUUGCCGAGAGGCGAGCUAUGGAGGCAGAGCAAGAAGCUGUAAAGGCGAAUAAACAUAUUAGUAAGUUGAAGAGAAAACAUGAAGACGAGGUUAGUUCUCUAAAGGAGCUCGUGGCAGAGUCUCGUUUGCCGAAAGAAGCAAGACGACCCGCUCACAAUGAUUGUGAUAUGCCAAAGUAUGAUGCAGGCGAGCCUCUUAGCGAAGGUGAUGAACGAUGGAGAGAGGAGUUUGAGCCGUUUUAUAACGUGGAAGACGGUGAAGGUGAAUUGUCAAAACUCGCGGAACCCUCAGCAUGGUUCUCUGGUUAUGAUCGAUGCAACAUAUAGAAAGUGGUACGUUUUACUAACUCCCGUGUGAUUUAUUACAUAGCUUGUAGCGCUAGUUUUUGCCAUUUUAUAACGCGCACACACCCCAUUUGUUAGGGCCAACCUCUUUGCUCUCUUGUUGGGCCUUGUAUUCCAUUCAGACUCUUGCAGUUCAUAACAGUCGAAUGAAUGAAGAAUAUAUUCUUUUAUUCACACCUACUUGCA